AGAGUACAUUUAAAAAAACAAAUAAAAAUGAAAAUAAAAAAAAUCUGUGCCAAGUUAAAAAACUAGCACAUGCAAGUCGAAACAAUUAUUUUGAAGUAGAGUCCCUUGCAGGAUUUUAAGUGUAUAUUUUCUAUACAGGUACAGUUAGCUUAUAUACAAUGUGAAUUCUGAUGUCUCAGUUAUCAUUAUUUUUUAUGAGCAUUUUUCCCCUUAAGAUUUAUUUAUUUUAUGUAUACAUUGUCACUAUCUUCAGACACACCAGAAGAGGGCAUCGGAUCCCAUUACAGAUGGUUGUGAGCCACCAUAUGGUUGCUGGGAUUUGAACUCAGGACCUCUGGAAGAGCAGUCAGCGCUCUUAACCACUGAGCCACCUCUCCAGCCCUAUUAUGAGCAUUUUAAAAUUCCAAUUUCAUUAUGUAGAUGUGGCCCAAUUGGCAUAGCUUUCCCUUAAAGCUGUUAAGUCGAGGAGAUUAAACCAUAUUAUAUUUUAAUCUUCUACGAAAUGAGGAGGGAUCAUGUUCCUGAUAUUAUCUAUUUCUUUUCAGUAGAAGACAAUGCAUUUUGGAAUGAUUUAUUCACAAAAUUAAUAUUUUUGAAUUCUACAACAUGCUAGUCAUUACUGGAUAUUUGAGGUAUAAGACUUACCUGGAGAUUCACUAUGGCGCAGUAUGCACUAGUAUAACUUAAUAAUAUAGCUUGCCCCCCCAAAGAACUACAGGGUUCACUGAGAUCAUAGAAAAAGUAGUAGGUGACUUCAGUAGAGUACAUGCAGUCUGAGCUAGAAUUUGAGGGCAAUGAGUUCAAUUCCCAUCUGUAAUGGGAUCCGAUGCCCUCUUCUGGGGUGUCUGAAGACAGCUAUAGAGCACUCAUAUCAAUCAAUCAAUCAAUCAAUCAAUCAAUCAAUCUUUAAAAAAAAGUUUAAAAGGACUGCAAUUUCCACCUGUGAGAGAGUGUUGGCUCUCGUAGCAACUCUCCUGAUAUGAAUGACUGCAAACGCACAAAAGACAUGGAACAUCUGCUCUCGGCUGAGGAGAGGCAUGGCAGACGGUUUCAGUGCCCCCGAGAAGAAGGGACUAACCAGACAAGCAUUGCCGUCAGGUCCAGUGUCUGCCGGACGUACUUUCUAGAACUGGGAGGUGGGAGGAAUGAAGCGUGGUGGUCUUGCCACACUGAGGAGGCAGAGAACAGAGUUUGGGAAGACGGGGACUGUUUGAAUUUGUAGGGCAGAAGAAGAGGUAUAUUCAGAGAGAAAUCUGGAAACCUGUAUAAGGGAACUCGUGAAACAUUGUAACUUAACUACUGAAACUUGUAGAGGGGGGGGGAUAUAUCUGAAUUCUAGCCAACAGGAGUGGAGAAAUUUCAUUGGAAACUGAAAGCCAUCCAUAAAUGUUUCAGACAGUCCACAGGGAUAAAUUAUUCUAUGAGAAAAAUGGUCUAGUUUUUUUUAAUGAAUUAAUGAAUGAGUGAAGUUUUCUUUUUACAGAACUUCAUUGUAACCUCUGGUUGGCUUGGAACUUGCUGUGGAGACCAGGCUAGCUUCUAGGUCACAGAGAUCUGCCCGAUUCUCCCUCUUGAGUGCUGGGAUUGAAGGUGUACACCAUCAAAGAUGUGUUAUAAUGAGACUUAAAAAGAUUAAGCUAAAUUUCAAUAUGCGUUAUAUUCAAACUCAAUUUAUUAACUAGUUACUAGCUAUUAAUGCAAUGCCAGAACUCUUCCUCUCCUCAAAGUCUAGACAUUCAACAACACAACAUCCAUUCUAUACAGCACUCAGCAAAAUGAUUAGUGCCAAGAGACAGAUAGGUGCCUAUGACCACCAACGGGAGGAUUAGAACAAGAGGAUCAGAAAGAUGGUAGACAGGUUCCACAGACCGCUUCCUCCAUUUCAAUGCAGAUUUAACAUUACAUUAUGUAGCCCAUAAUUUUAUAAUUAUGUAACCCAAUUUCCAUUGUGAGAAAUCGAAGCAGAACAGGUCUGUGUGCCUUGCAUUAGUUGAAGCCAUUAGAGUCUAUUAGGAAAUUUGUAGCAUUGUCUUACCUGUGCCCUUCAACUCCUGACUUCUUCCUGGGAAGGGAAAGUGGUGAAGUGUAGACCAACAUUCUCAUCCAAGAAUGCUGCACUGACCUGCCUUAUAUUUUGAGUGAUUUAAACGCUGACAGGAAUGGGGGCGGGGUAAGUACAGAUGGCUGAAAACACACACAAUCCACGCACCAUGAACCAUACACCCAAACCAAGGUCCAGGAUCACAUUUGCAGUACUAGAAACGGACACCUGAUGUCUAAGUUAGGGAUUCUAUUGCUGUGAAGAGACACCGUGACCACAGCAACUCUUAUAGAGGAAAGCUAAUUGGGGCUGGCUUCUAGUUCAGAGGUUUAGUCCAUUGUCAUCAUGGCAGGGAGCAUGGAAGGACACAGGCAGACAUGGUGCUGAGAGUUCUACAUCCGAAGGCAGAGGAAGAGAGAGCAACACUGGGCUUGACUUGAGCAUCUGAAACCUCAAAGCCCACCCCCACUGACAUACUUCCUCCAAGGCCACGCCCACUCCAACGAGGACACACCCACUCCAACAAGGACAUACCCCCUGAUAGUGCCAACCCCCUAUGGGCUUAUGGGGGUCAUUUUCAUUCAGACUACCACACUUGAAGCAAUCCCUGGCCAGUGUUUCCUACAGUGAAAUGCUCUAUCCUUGAGUUACAAGCUCUGUACUACAGCUGUCUCCGGUGAAAGAGGAGCUGCACUAUCACAGAUAUGAGGAUGCAUCUGAAUAGCAAUCAACAAACCUUUUAAAUUAGGAGAGUGCAUGUACAAACCCAGAAGAGAGGUUUCCACAGAAAGAGCUUGAAAGUGUCCAGAUUUUUCAGUUGGGAUGCACGGAGAAAGUCUUGUCUAUGUGGAACCAGACAUCCAAGACUGGGAUGGAAAUGAAGUGAAACAAGAAGUGAAACAAGUAAGAAGCAAUGAUGAUUUUAAUGUGGCCUUCAGGGGGUCACUCCAAGUAGCAACCCCGGCCUCUCAUCCAGGACUUUCAAACUGGGGUGUCAGAGGGUAAAUCAUGCUGAAGCAGAAGACGGACUCAGUUUCCGGAAGUCCCGAGAAAUCCAGAAAAGUGUGUGGCAAAUACCUCCUCACCAUUUGAUUUGGAUCUCAGCGUGAAGGAUCCUCAGGAACACCCCCUUCCCCCUGACCCCUGCACGGGAGAAUCAGACAGAAAGCUACACUUCCGCCUUCCCGUUUCUUCCUCUUUCAGUUCCGUGGCGAUUGUUCCAUCUCCAGGAACUGACAUCUUCCGCUGAACGUUUGCAGUUGUUCCCAUUCGCUCUCGGUCCUCAGGUGGCCCCGCCCUUAUAAACAAAUGCUUCCUCUUGCCUGGGGCCCACUUGGCUUCUUUUCUGGACUUAGCUGUGAUUCCUGGACCUUAUAUUGCUUUUUAUUGCUUAUAGAGAAGGGCAGAGAUAUGAUCAUAUUACCAGCAAGCGGAUGUGAGAUACGAUCACAUUACCGUAGGCAAGCGGAUGAACCCGGAGGUGUGGAAAGCUCCUGUGGUCUAAGACUGUGGACCUCCACUUCCCUCCGUCACAGAUACUCAUUCUGCCCAGGGCCAGAGGCAGUUUAUGCAGACACCACUACUGGGAAGACUUCAUCGGACUUAACUUUUCUUAUGUGUUCCUCUCCUGUAUGGCUCAUGGGCCUCCUCCCAUUCCCACUCAGUUUGCAUGUGACUUGCUCAGUGUGACAGAAUUCCCAUUCUUGUCCCAAACCUUCCCAGUCCUGGGUAGGAUAUGAGAGAUCCGCAGAGGCAACACAUUUGCUGAAUUUCUGAGCCCGAAUCUCUUCCCAUUCAGGAGUUUCUGUUCAUCCACCUUGGGUUUCCACAUCCUCCGCACGAGUUUCAGUCACACUGUGCUAUACGCUGGUUACCCUGAGCAGAGCAGGCGGGGUUAAACAGAGAAGAGCGCCUUUGUCUCUGAAGACUUACAGAUAAUAGCCAGUGGGAAGACUUCCAGUUUUUAAGUCUUAGGUGGCUUGGAUAGGAUGGAGACCUCGGGAGAAGUAAAAAAUCAGGCUUAUGAAAUGAGCAUAGGUAGGUAGGAAGGCAAAGAUGACCAAGACCACGAAUGUAGCGUUCCAUGACAGCAAAUUACAGUAAUCACUUGGUACUAGUACCCAGCCUUGACUUGCUUAGAGGAGAUGACUAUUACAGUUUACCCACGACCCCUUUCCUGUCUGUGGCCAACCUUGGGGCUAUCAAGAACUACUUAUCCAAAAACAAUGUUACUAUGAAAUUGCCUUGCAUUGACACAAUGUCUUAAUAACACCAAGAAGCAUCUCCUGGCAGUGGCGACUAGGGGCAGGGAGCUUGGCAAUUUCUUAUAGGACAGCUAGAUAUUUUCACACAAAGCUUUUCCCAUUAUCUAUCUUCCUCCAUAGGAAGUCUUGACAUCCAAGCUGUAUUUGGCUCUCAUGCCAAAUGUCACCGUGUCCCAUCCCUUUCUCCGAGGCUCUCAGCUAUGAGCUGCCGUAUCAAGGGGCUUCCCUGGACUUUGUCCCAUGGUUAGGUAGGCCAGACAAACGCCACCUUUGGUCCUAGGAUAUGAUAAAUCCCUUUCCACAUUCUGUAUGUGUUUCGGGGUAGAAAUGGAGUUGGCUGUGGUCAACUGUGUUUUCCAAUCACCUCACUUGUGCUGUCCUGAAGCCUCCUUUGUUCCUAAGGUUAGGGACAUCCUGCUUCCUAGAAGCAGCCCUGAAAGAAACAAAGGUUUACCAAAACUGAGCGAGAAGCUGGAUCAUUGUAGAACUAUAUGGGCAGAAAACAAUACUUGGUAUUGACUGGAUACAGGAGGUGGGGAGGGUGGCAGGAUGGAGGGAAGUUGGCAGGCUCGGCGUUUCUAUCUUGGCAGAAACUUCUCGUCAUCAUCAUCUUCCUAGAGAGAAGGCCUGGUGCCAGGGGGCCAGAGGCCUUCUUCAUAAAUAAAAGCAGGUGAAGUGAGUGGGAUCCACAUUCAAGGUCUGGGAGCAGGCAAAAUGAUGCGUUUUGUUCCUCUGUUCCUGGCGUGUAUUUCGCUGCCUGCCUUUCAAGCCACAGAGUUUACAAAAUGUGAGGUGUCCCACGCCAUUGAAGACAUGGAUGGCUAUCAAGGCAUCAGCUUGCUUGAAUGGACCUGUGUUUUAUUCCACACCAGUGGCUAUGACUCACAAGCUAUGGUCAAGAACAAUGGCAGCACAGAGUACGGACUCUUCCAGAUCAGUAACAGAAAUUGGUGCAAGAGUAGCGAGUUCCCCAAGUCAGAGAACAUCUGUGACAUCUCCUGUGACAAGUUCCUGGAUGAUGAGCUUGCGGAUGACAUAGUAUGUGCCAAGAAGAUCGUGGCUAUCAAAGGGAUCGACUACUGGAAGGCUCACAAGCCCAUGUGCUCUGAGAAGCUGGAACAGUGGCGCUGUGAGAAGCCGGGAGCUCCUGCCCUUGUUGUCCCUGCCCUGAAUUCAGAAACACCUGUUCCCUAAGGCUACCUCAGUUUGGCUCUUUCUAUCGUGAAGAUGAUCUGUCUCUGAGCCUUGUAUCCUGUAGUGACACCAUCGGACUCUAGAGGACUUUUAUUCAACAGGCGUGUGACUGGCACACUGGACUGCAAACCCUUGCUUAGUGACGGCAAGGGUCUUGAUGGUGGUUUUACUAAUGCAAGAGAACCCUCCCCUGUCCCAAAUAAAGGGCCCAAUUUGAUGUC